CGACCUUGCUAUAUACACCGGCAGCUCGAGACUGUAUGCAGGGGAAGUAUGAGGAGGAUGACGACCGAUGGGAAUCAAUACGUCAAGGUCAUCAUCAUAAUCAUCAUCAUCAUGGUCAAUAGCCGCUCGCAACACCCUCGCGCCGUGGGGGCCUUGGCCGCCGCCGCCGCCGCCGCCGCCGCCGCUCCACGAACAAGGCCCCCCCCACAGAAGCGGUGAAACGUCGAGGGCGAUCUGCAGCGCGUAGCCGGCGCACACAUCGUGCCAUGGAGCCCAUGUUCGCGUACGCCCGCUCGCUACGGCUGUGGUGGACGGCCAGUCGCUUCCCGCGACCGCUGCUCGAGGUGAGCGGCGGCCAACAUUGCCGCCUCGAAGACCUGCCGCCGGAGCAGCACCACAAUCCGCACAUCCUGACGGGAUACCGCCGGUGCCGAAGCCGCACCGACUGCCUCCUGAGCUUGCUGCAAGUCCACAACGAGACCGUGAACAUAUGGAGCAACCUGCUGGCUCUCGCGCUGCUCGUCGCGCUCCUGGUCGAAGACCACGCCGGAGGCCGCUUCGCGCGUUUGGGCGUCGGGCUCGCGCAUCGGGCGCUGCUCACCGCCAUGGCUCUGGCGUACGCCGCCAUGCUGAUGCUGUCGGCCGUGUACCACACGUUCAACUGCACGCCCGAGGCCCGCUCCUGGUACCGGCUCGACUUCGCCGGCGUCUGGCUCAGCGUGGUCGCCUACGUCGUCGGAUUCACGGCGCUCCAGUUUCGGGGCGCCUGGCGCGUCGCGCAUCUGGUGGCCGCCAUCUUGGCCGCCACUCCGUCGCUGGCGCUCGCGGCGGCGCCUCGCUUCCGAGACCAGCACUACGACGCGGCCCGGGUCAGAGCCAUGGGUGGGUUCGCGCUCUACAGCCUGCUGCCGCUGGCCCACCACGCGGCCUACGGGGACCCGUCGCUCGUGGCUCGCACGCUGCCGGGUCACCUGACGGUGCUGGUACUCCUGGCCAUGUCGCUGUUCGUGUUCGUGACGAAGCUGCCCGAGCGCCAGUGGCCCGGCUCCGUGGACCUGCUGGGCUCGAGCCAUCAGAUCUGGCACGUGGGCGUUGGCGUCUGUGUGAUCUUGUCGCACGAGCUCCAGUUAGUCUACGUGACGCCACCCUAGCCAACGUGCUGCUUCGACGGUGUCCUCGUGCGUGCGUGCGUGUGUGAGAUCGCGAAGCCAAUUUUUGGGCUGUCGUGCGCGAACGCUGCGUACACCUGCUGUUCGGGCGAAGAAGUUUCAAUUUGCUUCGAAGGCAGUGCAGCUUUAGGGGCGAUGACACUGCCAUUUCCUUCGGCAACAAAUUAUAUGACGGCGCCGGGUACCGGUACGUCUGUGUCUUGUCACUGUCCUUGCCACUAAAUAAUUGGCUUACUCCAAUAAGCACCUUUUGAAUAGAUAUCUUAAGCAACGCGUUUCCAGCUGAAAUGAACCUUAAGGUAUGAUCACUUGGAAUCCUGUGGGACUGGAUUCUAAAUGAACAUGUCAGAAUGAAGAACGGCUUGAAAUGCGCACUUGCUACAUAUAUGCUCUAUAGUAACCAAUAGUAGGGCCUAAUUCGUUUUUAUUAAAUUUAGUUACUCCGUAUUUUUUUUUCUUUUUCAUAGCGAUCUCUGUCGCCAAUAACGCGUUGCCGAAGAAUAUACUUUAUACUGUCUCUUCUGCACUGUCUUCAAGAAAAUUGCUUCAACUCCGCCGUUGCAGUUGGUAUGUAAGUUUGUGCCACGGAGUUGUGCCCCUAACGACUGGAACGGCUCGCACCACGGUCUCUCGUCGCAGCUACUCUCUGUGAUAUAUAUCCACGGCUUCAACCUCCGUAUCGAACGAAUUAUAGUGUGAUUCUCCUUUUUUUUUUUUUUUCGUCGAAGUGCGAUUGUUUUGAGGAAGGACACUCGAGCGGUGCUGUGUGCCCUAAAACGCUUAUUUCGGGAACGUGUGGUCCGUGUGCGACAAUUCACUGCGUAUACAAGUCUUUUGGGAGUUAUAAAGGUUGGAACACGCCCAAACUCUAUGUCAGUGAGUCA